GGGCCGAGCUGAAACACACUCAGGGGGAGCCCCAGGCUUGGCUGACAGGGGCCAUCCAGACCUCUGUCCUCAGUCCUUAGAGAGCUAUGGGCUCAGGAGGGACUUGCUGUAGAGUGAUUUAAUUGCUUUGCGGUCUCAGAGGGCUAAUUAAGGGAGAAGAUACACAAGACAAGUCACUAGGAAGGGAAUAUGACAUGAGAGACUUGGAGAUAGUUAGGUUGCCUGUGGCUUGGAGGUGAAAGGGAAAUGUUUAAACCACCACUGGAAGGUCGCCAGAGGCUGGGUUCACUCAGGAGCUGGUGCUUGAGCAAGGGUCAGUGAUUACCAGAGCUCUAGACCAUUAACAAGACCCCUGGGACCUACUCCAAGUACGUGACUCUCCAAGGACAUCACCGUGUUUUGGGCAUGUUCUCAGAGCUGAAGUUCCCUGUGCCUUGGGGACAUGUGGCUGCCAAGGCCUGGGGACCCUCGGAGGGACACCCUGUGCUGUGUUUGCAUGGCUGGUUGGACAAUGCCAACACCUUUGACAAGCUCAUUCCACUGCUCCCCAGAGGUUGUUAUUAUGUGGCAAUGGAUUUUUCUGGCCAUGGCUUGUCCUCCCACCGACCUGCAGGCCUCCCCUACCAUUUCCUGGAUUAUGUGACCGAUGUGCGCCGGGUGGCAGCAGCCUUGCAGUGGAGACGGUUCACCCUGAUGGGUCACAGUAUGGGUGGGGCUGUGGCAGGAAUGUUCUGUUUCCUUUAUCCUGAGAUGGUGGACAAGCUGAUCCUGCUGGAAAGUCUUGGCUUUCUUCUAGCUCCAGAGGACACUGAGGCAUGGCUGAAAUCAAAACGGAGGGUGAUCGACAGACUGCUGAGUCUGGAGGCAAAGCAGCAAACUCCCAAAGCACGGAGCCCUGAAGCAGCAUUGCAGAGGCUUUUAGAAGCAAACAGCCAUCUGACAGCAGAGGGUGGGGCAAUCCUGCUGCAGCGAGGAGCAACUGAGACACCCGCUGGGCUGGUGUAUAACAGAGAUAUGAGAGCCCGUACGCAGAGUCGAGAAUUCUUCACGGUGGAGCAGUGUGUGAAGCUCCUGCAGAAGAUCCAGGACCGUGUUCUCAUCAUUGUAUCACAAGAUGGACUCUUGGUACCGCACAACCUACCGAGCAGAAAUCACUUUGUGAAAGCCCUGCAGGAGGCAUUUGAGUCUAACCUCAAAGAGCACAUCCAGCUAGCAGAAGUGCCUGGGAGUCAUUUUGUGCACCUGAACGAGCCCGAGGUGGUAUCUGGGAUCAUCAGCAACUUCCUGACAGCACAGAACACCAGGGCCAGACUCUAGGAAGCCCUCACAGCUGCAGCAGUUCAGGAGAACUGGGAGCUAACAAGCAAGCUCCAGAACUGUCACCAUUCCUACCUCACAUGCAGCAUUAGAUCGUGAUAAUCUUUCCUAUGCUUAGCUCAGUGCAGGGUGGAAGCAGGUCUGCCAGGGGUACUCUGAAGGAGAGCUGAGCAAAUCUCAUUUGCCAAAGGGAGAAGGAAUUCUUGCUGUACUUCCUCCAGCUCUGUGAGUACAGGGAUAGAGGCCCAGAGUGGCCUUCCCCUUGGCUUACUCCAAACUUGCACCCUGAAACAGAGCAGAACACAAGGCAGAGGCAUCCUCUGUGACAGCAGCAGCUCCCCAGCUUUGGCAAUGUAAUAGAGGUGGCUCAUCUUGCCUCCUCCCUGGGGAUAGUGUGGACAGCUGCUCCCAGGAUUUAACCUGCUGAAAAACAAAGUGUUCUGCUUCUCUGCUUACUUCCAUAGAUGCCUGAGCUCAGAGGCCCUCAGUGGCUCUGUUCCAUUGUGAGAACUAAUGUUUAAGAAUCACCUUAAGUAAGAGCUCACCUGUGCAGAGAAGGCCAUUUUAAUGAACGCUAGAGAAUCCUUAAUCCUCUAGCUGAAGCAGCUGGGAGAACUACAAAUUAUGGAAAAGUUGGCAGAGACAAUUUCUAUCCUAAAUAAAGAUUAAUGCUCCAAUGUUAA